UAUAAAUAAUCGCCUGUGUGACGUUAGUUGGUGUGUAUACUAUGUAAGACCGAGAUUCGGUCAUCUCUCUCUUGUUCGUCUGCUCACCUCCCCCAGGAUAGAAGAUGGUUUGUGCCGGAGCUGCAGCCAGUGACAAGCCUCCAGUGAACAUGGCGUCCGGUUGCUUAGCGCUGCUGUAAAUCCGGUGUCAUAAUCCUGCAGCCGUGAGAGAGCAACAUGUCUGACUCUGAGGAGGAGAGUCAGGACCGGCAGCUGAAGAUAGUCAUCAUAGGGGACGGAGCAUGUGGGAAGACAUCGCUGGCCAUGCGGUUUGCCCAGGAAUCAUUCGGAAAACAGUACAAACAAACAGUGGGGCUGGAUUUCUUUCUGAAGAGGAUAACGCUGCCAGGAAAUUUAAAUGUUACUCUUCAAGUGUGGGACAUCGGAGGACAAACGAUAGGUGGAAAAAUGCUGGAUAAAUAUAUUUAUGGAACACAGGGAGUUCUUUUGGUGUACGAUAUCACCAACUAUCAGAGUUUUGAGAAUCUAGAAGAUUGGUUUUCCAUGGUAAAGAAAGUCAAUGAAGAAUCAGAAACGCAACCGUUCAUAGCGCUUAUAGGCAAUAAAAUUGAUCUGGAGCACAUGCGAACAGUAAAAGCAGAUAAACAUCAGAGGUUUUGCCAAGAAAAUGGACUUGGAAGCUUUUUUGUAUCUGCAAAGACGGGAGAUUCGGUUUUCCUGUGCUUUCAGAGAGUCGCUGCCGAGAUCCUCGGUAUCAAGUUAAACAAGGCAGAAAUUGAACAAUCUCAGCAAAUUGUAAAGGCAGAAAUAGUCAACUAUCCCGAAGACGAUAAACAGUUGAACUCGGCACACUCUCAGAGUAAAGUCUGCUCAUUGCAAUAGAUGGAGAGAGUGGUGAAGGCCGACAUUGUGAAUUACAGUCAAGAGCCAGUCACCCGGAUGGUAAACCCCCCUCGAAGUUCAAUGUGUGACAUUCAGUGAAAGUCCUAUUGACUGAAUGAAGAAGUGAUCUUUUUCUGCUGUUGCGCAGCCCAGCAGUUCACCGCGAACUUUAUUGUAACAACGACAAUCUUGAUGCAGUGCAUUUAGAGGUCUCAAAAACCUACUACAAUAUUUUGUUUUAUGAACAGCAGGCGCCAGGUUGGCCAGUGUCCAAGGACCCGGGGACCACACACUAGAAAGUAUAAAGUAGAAUGGAGUUUUCAGAAUCCUGUACAACUGUGUACGUUUUUUACCUUUGUGCGCCUGCUCCAUCUAGAGAGGGAUCUGAAGUGUGCAGGUUUCCAAAGCUUUGUGUAUUUUGAUACCAUAUGACUGACAGAUACAAAUAGACAUCUUGUGAAAUUCUUCAGGAGCAGCUCUAGUCACUAUUGUUAAAAUUCCUAAAAUAAAAAUUCAAUAUAUUGUUACAUUCCUAUAUUAUCCAUUCCAAAUUCUCCUCCUGCAACUCAUGCUGGCCAGGGAUUUCUAACUCCUUAUAUUCUGGUGGCUAUUUUUUUUUAUUUAAUAAAAAUAAUAAUAAUUAAUUAUUAUUAGUAGUAUUAUUAUUAUUAGUAUUAUUAUUAUUACACAUUUAAUUUGUAAUUGUUUUUUUUUUUUUUUUAAGGUCCAUUGUAACCACCUGCUGAAUUAUCUGAUACUUUUUUACAUAGAUCCUAUUGUUCAUAGACUUGGCAAACUGAGUAUCUAUUUUUUACUGCUACAGGAGGAUAUAUGGUAGCACUUGGAGUCCCUUCUUCCUGUCCGGGCAGGCCAGGAGUUGUAGUUUUGCAACAGCUGGAGGCACACUAUAACCACUAAGAAAAUGGUGCAUUAAAAAAAAUUGCUAUACACUUCUUUAGACAUUGUAUUUUGGUUCCACAUUAUGGAGCCAUAAUAAGAGUAUUUGUAGUAGGCUGUAUAACAGAACACACAGUCCACUUGACUCCAUACUAUCGAGCUUUAAAGGGGUACUCCCCUGGAAAAAAAUUUCUUUUUAUAUCAACUGGUGCCAGAAAGCUAAACAAAUUUGUAAAUUACUUCUAUUUAAAAAUUGUAUUCCUUCCAGUACUUAUCAGCCGCUGUAUGCUCCACAGGAAGUUCUUUUCUUUUUGAGUUUCCUUUCUGUCUGACCACAGUGCUCUCUGAUGACACCUCUGUCCAGGUCAGGAACUGUACAGAGCAGGACAGGUUUGCUAUGGGGAUUUGCUCCUGCUCUGGACAGUUCCUCUGAACAUACAGCAGCUGAUAAGUACUGGAAGGAUUAAGAGUUUUAAGUUGUAAAUUAAAAGUAAUUUACAAAUCUGUUUAACUUUCCAGCACCAGUUCAUUUAAAAAAAAAUGUUUUCCAGGGGUGUACCUUUUUUUAAGGCACUCCACGUUCCAUAUUGUGCUCUGCAUCAAGCUGUAUUACAGGGGGAUUGUCCUCAAAUGGUGAAUACUAUCUCUUAAUGCAGUAUCUGAUAGAGCAUACCAUGUUUUUCUUGUGCCUCAUUAUUGGAGACAUACCAAGGUACGGAUGUGAUACGGAAGUCUGUGGGUGUCCUAUGUACUACACACCAUCUCAUAAAAGCCUAAUUCCAAAAACAGCACCACACCUGUCCUCCGGUUACAUGUGGUAUUGCAGCUCAAUUGCAUUAAAGUGAAUGGAGCCAAGUUGUAAUACCACACACAACCUGAGGACAGGCAUGGUGCCGGAAGAAAUUAGCUCAGUUUUUUUAUUUCUGGAUAAAUGGCAAAAAGAUUUAUUUUAUAUAUGCCCAGACUCUCUCUGCUUAAACAAAUAAAAAAAAUAAAAAAUAAAUACUUACUUGCUCCUCUGUAGCCUCCGUUAUAAGUGUUUCAGUGUCUGCUGCCCUCAACUUCCUAUUUCUGGGGUCAAUUCGUCAUAUAACUGUCCAGCCAAUCACUGGCUAAGGCGGGACACUGCUGCGGCCACUGAUUGGUUUAACAAUAUUGGCCCUAAUUUACUAUUGCAAAUCCGACAUGUUUUGUCGAGUUAUGCGCCAGAUUCUGUCACAUUGUGCCACAAAUUGUCUGCGCCCGAUUUUGCGCCACAAUUUGCGCCAGAAUUGAAAGAACCCGACUAACUCUCCAUUUUGCGAAGAAAACCCGAAAAUAGGGCGUGGCCGCCGGGAAAAGCAGACGUGGUCUCCGAAAAGGGGCGUGUUCCCGACAUUUUCACAAAAAAAACAACAUAUUUACUAAGGGUUCCACAUAAAAUGUGAUGGAUUUGGGCUGAGGAAAACCCCACAGAUCAGAGCAAGUGUAAAAAAAGCAAAGUGUAGGGAAAGUGGAAAAUGUAGGGAAACCUUAGUAAAUACCGUGGAAAAUAAAUUGUAGGGAAUUAAUACCCACAAAGAAACCUACACAAGACUCUUAGUAAGUAAGAGCCAAUGUGACGUAUUGACCUCCAGAACUAGGAAGUGGAGCGUGGCAGAGACUUGGAGUAGCGAUACCGCAGUCUACAGGGUAGGUAAGUGCAGGUUUUUUUUUUUGUGCAAGCAGGCAGCCUGGGCAUAUUUGAAAAAAAAUUACUUUUUUCGCCGGAGUAUCCCUUUAAGCUGGCUAUACACAUUAAAAUAAAAUUUACUCAACAUGCUAACUUUAGUGGGAUUGACCGCUAGAGCUUGUCCACAUCACGAUUUGUUCUACUCUGUCUUAUAUAUCAUAUUUCUGUCAAACCAAGAUGCCCAUGUAAACAUACACCAGCCACAUUGACUUUAAUGACUGAAACACAGUCAACAUUUGCGUAAUUUCCCUUUUGUGGUGUACUCCAUUUUUUGAGUCCCACAAAGUUAAAAGUAUACGUGCAGGAAAUGACCUGAACCAGUUGAUUAUGUUUGGACCAUAAAGUUCAAUGGGGUCCGUGCCGCAUGGUCAGGCAGCAGCUUUCAUUCCUAUCUCCAUUCAGAAUACAUGGACACUCUGCUGUGCCAAUUAUGCAUGUGUAAGGCAGGGUCAGGAGAGAUGCAGCUGUGUAUUAUUUUCUGCAAGGUGCAGCAUAAAAUUGGCCUCAUAUUUUAUAGACCGAAACAGGGAGGUUGGUUUUCUUACUGGAAUUGCUCUUUAUGAUAUACAUUAUGGUUCUCUAAUGCUAUACCAGUGUUUUCCAAUUAGGAUGCCUCCAGCUAUUGCAAAACUACAAGAAGUUUUGCAACAGCUGUAGGCAUCUUGGUUGAGAAACACUGCUAUAGAAAGAACCGCAGGCUGAAUGUAGAAAAUAUAUGCUGCUUGGGGAGUGUUUUUAUAUUGGUUCAAGAUUUCUCCAGGUAUUUUCCAUAUUCUUAAACCACUAAUAAAAUAAGUUCUAUUUCUUCUUAGUCGUACAAUAUAUCACACACAAUUAAAGGAGAUCUUCAGUGUAAGACACUUAUCCCCUAUCCGCAGGAUGGGGAUAAGUGUCUGAUCACGGGGGGUCUGAUCGCUGGGACCCCCUGCAAUCUCCUGUACGGGGCCUCGGCCCGGCCCCCUCCACGUAUCUCUAUGGGAGAGGUGAAGAUGCAGUCUUGGCACCAAGUCACACAGACACCGCCACAAGGCGCAUAUUCCCUGUCCACACACAGUAACUCUUACAAGCUUCCUCCCAAUCAGCUGCUGCCUGCACAGGGAAGAGCACAGUUCCCCCCCAUUGAAAAGCAAUAACUGUUAUGGCCAUUGCCAACGUGUGAGGCCAGUGAGCCAAUGCGCGCCCGGCGCUCGCUUCCGCCUGUCUGAUUGACAGGCAGGGAGCGAGCGCAGGCUGAAUGAAUUAGAACCGAUUGCCCGUCCUGAAUCAGUCCGAAUUCAAGCGUGACGUCUCGUCAGGCUGCAGCCGGCCACUAGGAGGGAGACCCCUAGUGGCCGGUUUUCAAAUGUAAAAUAAACUCUUUCAAUGAAAAAAAAAAUGGAUGAAUCUAUAUUAGAGAUAUGUUGUAGUACAUAAGUACUACAACAUAUAAAAAAAAAAAGUUUGGUGAAAUUACACACACAAAAAAAAAACUAAAUUAAGAAAUUGAGAGAAAUGUAUCAUGCUCUUCACCAGCACAGUGGCACAAUUGUGCAAAUUUCUUGUGCAAGGCCCAUUGUUGUGCAAAAAAAAAAAUGUUUAGGCAAACCUCCAAAAAGCCAAAAACCUCUGUGUAAUCUGUUUUUAUUAUUUUUUUUUUUUAUUCUACAGUACAUGCAUUUUUUGUGUAAUUUUAAUUAUCUUUAUAGUUCACAAUACUUGGAGGGAAACCUUGUGCAGAGUUUCAGAAUAACGGUCUUAUUGUUGCAGAUAUAUAUAUAUAUAUAUAUAUAUAUAUAUAUAUAUAUAUAUAUAUAUAUAUGCAUUUUUAGGUUGCAUUGUUAUUCUAAAACCCUUAUGAGAUAUAUAUUAUCAAAUAUAGCUGCAAAACUGGAUUCCAUAAG